AUGACACGACAUCCGUUACCUGUCACGGAAAAUCUUUUGAUGGUUCAAGGGAAAGGACCCACAGGCCUCGUAUGGUUAUCUGUUAUAGAGAUUUUCAUCAUUAUUUUCGAUAUUCUACUUCUGCACAUUUCCACGUUUAUCUGCACACGUUCCGGGACAUUCUAUCGAAGACAAACACUUACUACUUCGUGUACAUUUUACAACACACAUCUGCCCUACAUACAACAACAUUCUAGACUAGUUAUUCAUGCACUUACGGUGCAUUAUCUUACCCUUUCUUGUUGGGACGACCCUGAUGAUUGA